GGCUGCAGGAGGCUGCAGCUUGUCAAUAAAACUAGAUUAGCUUGUGAUCGUGUCUAAAAUAACCUGUUGCUUUUGCAAAACUACGCGUAGUGCUCCUUGGUGACAAAGCAACGUAUUGACAGGUUGGACGUAGCUGUAAACGUUGCAAUAAAGCUAGAAAAGGACACAAUAGCGGAACCAGAGAUCAUCUGAAAUCAGCCCCAUCACCAACUUUCCUAAAAUGGACAGUGAGGACGAUCUGGACAUUCUGACGGCGCUGCUGGCUGAGAGCGAGGGGGUCGAAGAAGAACAGGGCGGUCCGGAGCAGACAGACGACUUGGACGGCCUGUUUGACGGAGACGAUGCUGAGGAGGAAGAGUACAACGAUGGCGUGGAGGAGGAAAAGCAAGAUGUGGCGACGGAUCUCUUUGGAGAUGUGGAUGACAUUGAAAAUGAAGGAGAAGACACUAAAACAAAAGACAUCCUCGACAAGUCCAAGGAGGACUUGCAAGAUGAGCUGAGGCAAAUGCAGGAGAAGAUGCAGCGGUUGCAGCAGCAGCUGGAAGCGAGUCAGAAGAUUUCUACACCUUCUUCCACUCCGGUGAAGACUGCAGGAAGCUCAGCUGCUCCCAAACCAAUAACCUCCAAACCAAUAACCUCCAAACCAAUAACCUCCAAACCAAUAACCUCCAGACCAAUAACCUCCAAACCAAUAACCUCCAAACCGAUCCAAGCCAAGAAGACCAAGACACCAGCAGCAGCAACUCCUGUCUCCACGCCAGUCAGAGCAGCAGGUCAGAAGGUCCAGGAGUCCUCUGGCUUUUGUGAUGAGCUAAAAAAUGCUGACUCCUUCACACGCAAACCCAGGGUAGCUCAUCCCAAAGCCAGCACAUCUCCAGAAGAGCGAGGCCCUCUGGUGGAGAUAAAGCUCGGCGGCACCUUCCAGCCAGCAGAGAGCAGCAGCAGCAAGCGCCUCAGUCCGGCCAAUCGGAGCAGACCUGCCCCGGCUGCUUCUUCCCUUCUUUCUCUUUCUAAAGAUGUGGCUGUAGAGAAAUACUCAGGACUGCGUCUCAGGAGACCGCGCGUUUCCUCCAGCGAGAUGGACCGCAAGAUGGCCGACCGGCGUCUGAUCCGCCUGUCGCAGGUGCCGGAGCUAAUGGCUCGGGAGAAGCUGGAGGACAGCGACUGGGUGACUUUUGCUGUGCUGGUCAACAAGGCCACACCACAAAGCAACAGCAGCGGCAAAACCUUUAGCAUCUGGAAACUGAACGACCUCCAUAACCUGGAAGUGUUCGUGUCUCUCCUGCUUUUCGGCGAAGUCCACAAAGAGCACUGGAAGACGGAGACGGGCACUGUCAUCGGACUCCUCAACCCGAACCCCCUGAAGCAGAAAGAAGGAUAUGACGGGGUGAGCCUGACCGUGGACAACCCUCAGAAGCUGAUGCUGUUGGGGGAAGCUCAGGACUACGGCACCUGCAAGGCCAUGAAGAAGAACGGAGACCCCUGCUCUCAGAUGGUCAACCUGUUUGAGUGCGAGUACUGCCAGUAUCACGUGAAGGCCCAGUAUAAGCAGAUGAGCUCAAAGAGGGCCGAGCUGCAGUCGGCAUUUUCCGGAAAAGCUCCCAACAAGAUGAAGGUGAAGGGGAAGGGGGGGAGCCUGAAGGAGCGGCUCUGUCAGGACGGCUUCUACUACGGCGGGGUGUCCUCCUCCGCCUGCACCGCCUCUUUAUCGGGGAACAAAGGCACCAAGGGGACCCAGAAGACUCUGGACAAUCUGUUUGUGAAAGGCUCGGCUAAGCAGCUCCAUCAGGCCAAGAGGCUGGCCCUUCAGUCCGGGGAAGUUUCAGGAUGUUCAACUGAAUUUAAGAGCCUGCUGUCAACGCCGACACCCGGAGCUCUGCAGCUGAAGAAGCACUUGGUAAAAGGCAACCAAUCAGUCCCCAAAAACGGAUCUUCACCUCAGCUUCAGUCCAUCACAGCCUCCUCCCUGCUGAAGGAGCAGAAAGCGAAGCAGCGGGAGUUUCUGCAGAGCCGCCUGCGGAGGGCCGAUCAGAUCCAGAAGAAGGUGCAGAGCUCAUUGGCCCCCGGGCCCUCCUCCUCUUCCUCCUCACUGACGUCCCCCAAAGCAGCCUCUGUGGCCCCCCGGACCCCCGCCACUCCCCAGGCCCCGACCCUGGGCCGAGGCUCCUCACUGAUGUCCCCCAAAGCAGCCUCUGUGGCCCCCCGGACCCCCGCCACUCCCCAGGCCCCGACCCUGGGCCGAGGCUUCUCCGAGGGGGAGGACAUCCUCUUCUUUGACGGCAGCCCACCCCCGGCUCCCGCCCCCAGCGCUCUCAGCCUAUCAGCCGCCAAGAUGGCUGCUCUGAGGAAGCUGAAAGCCAAAGGGGCGGGGCUUAACAAGGAAGACCCUAACGCUGUGAAGAGGAAGAGGAGCAACAGCAGCGAGAUCAACGCCAGACUGGAGAAGAACCAGACCUCAGCCGAAGCUGAUGAGGAAGAGGAACCGGCUGAGAAAAAGAAGCGAGAUCAGCUCCAGUACAUCCAGUCAGACGAAUUCCAAAAGAUCCUCAACGCCAAAUCUCGCCAUGAUGCUGCGCUGCAGGCGGCGGAGUACCAGAUGCAGGAGAGCUACUUUGAUCCUCUGGUGAAGAAGGAGCAGAUGGAGGAGAAGAUGAAGGGCAUCAGAGAGAUGAAGUGUCGCGCAGUUACCUGUAGAAAGUGUAAGUACACCUACUUCAAACCAGCGGAUCGUUGUGUAGAGGAGAACCACGAUCUGCGUUGGCACGAUGCCACCAAGCGGUUCUUCAAAUGUUCCUGUGGACAGAGAGCCAUCGCUCUGGACAGACUGCCAAACCAACACUGCAGUAACUGCGGCCUGUUUAAAUGGGAGCGUGAUGGGAUGCUGAAGGAGAAAAAGGGACCGAAGAUCGCCGGAGAGCUUCUCAAGCCUCGAGGAGAGGAGCACGGAAUGUUCCUCAACAGCAAUUGACAGCAGCAGGAUAUUGCUUUUUAAUUUAAGUAUCAUAUUUGUAUUUGUGUGAAUUAUGUUUUAACAUUUUAUUUUGAUCUUGACGAAGAUUUGAAUGUCAAAUAAGUCGAUUAAAGCUUUGCAACAUGUCACGUGAAA